AAAAGAAGAAAGGAAAGAAGGGCAGUAAGAAGAAGAAGAAGAAAGAGAAGGAUCUGACAGCCGACAGAACCCUUGAGUCUCUGUAUGAAGAGCUGGUGCUGGAGGGCUUCUUGAUUAGACCCUUGAACAUCAAGCUCUCUGAGUACAUUGGUGAGUUCAGCUACCUGGGUACGACCCUGCGCCAGGCAGACAUUGAGCCCAUGCCCUCUCUGUCAGACGUCAGACAGCUCAUUGCCCUUUAUGGGAUCCUGCCUCUGGGUUCCCAGUCCGUCCAUCAGAAGGCUCCCCUGAUGAAGACUCUGCUGCUGGCUGGUCCUGGAGGCGUAGGGAAGAGGAUGCUGGUCCAUGCUCUGUGCACUGAGACCGGGGCCAACCUCUUCAACCUGUCCCCCAGAAACCUGGCUGGGAAGUACCCUGGCAGGAGCUGCCUCCAGUACCUACUGCACAUGGUCUUCAAGGUGGCUCGCCAGCUGCAGCCCUCUGUAAUAUGGAUCGGAGAUGCAGAGAAAACAUUUUAUAAGAAAGUCCCGAAGCUGGAGAAAGAGAUGGAGCCUAAGCGUCUGAAGAAGGACCUAGUAAAGGUGCUGAAGUCUCUGAAGCCUGAGGAUCGUGUUCUGGUCGUAGGGACGUCCCGGAGGCCCUUUGACGCAGACCUCAAGCCCUUCUGUAAAGUCUAUAGGAAGAUCAUCCUCAUCCCUAGACCUGACUAUGCCUCCAGACUGGUGCUGUGGAGGGAGCUGCUGCGUGGCGGCGGUGCUCGCCUCACCCCCAGCCUGGACCUCAGCUCCCUGGCCAAGGUGACAGACGGCUACACCCAGGGCCACAUCCUGCAGGCUGUGAGGCAGGUGCUGACCCCUCGCAGGCUGGCCCAGCAGACUACCAGACCACUGACCGCUGAAGAGUUCAUCCCUCCACUGGCCAGACAGGACCCCGUCUACAAAGAGGAGGAGGAGGCCUUUAAGAUGUGGUACGGCAGGACACCUUUGGGUAAGAAGAGGGCACGGGCGGCCAAGGCCAUCGAGGAGGAGGGAGAGUCGGGCAAGGACAAAGACAAGCGGGGCACUGGGAAGAAGACAGGGAAAGAAGAGAAAAGCAAGAAGAAAAAUAAGUAAAUGUCAGAGACAAGAGAUAGAUGUGGUCAACAUUGGGGAGGUCUACAGAUAGGAACUUUCAGGGGAUGUGAUUUACAUUCCUCCUACUUAGAUAUGAUGGACGAUACAUGUACUACCAGUCUAGGACUGUCAAUGUCAUGACAACAGUACAACGGUAACAGACGAUCAUGUUAUGAUCAUAAUGACAAAAGUAGCUGUUUAUCUUGCAUGAGACCAGAUAUAAAGUAUGUGAAAUAAA